CCGGCACUAGGCGGGCCGGAGGAUGAGCCAGCAGCCGGCGGGGAAGAUGUCGGCGGCUCCCCUGGCGGCCGAGGCGCUGGAGCCGGCGGCGGGGAUGCUCGAGGGCCGCCAGAGGAAGCUGGAGUCCAUGAUCCGCGACCCGCGCUCCCCGGUCAACGUGGAGAGCCUGCUGGAUGGCUUGAAUUCUUUGGUCCUUGAUCUGGAUUAUCCAGCACUGAGGAAGAACAAGAACAUUGAUAAUUUUUUAAACAGAUAUGAGAAGAUUGUGGAGAAAAUCCGAGCUUUACAAAUGAAAGCUGAAGACUACGAUGUUGUUAAGGUGAUUGGAAGAGGGGCUUUUGGAGAAGUGCAGCUGGUUCGCCAUAAAAUGACACAGAAGGUUUAUGCAAUGAAGCUACUUAGUAAAUUUGAAAUGAUCAAGAGAUCAGAUUCGGCCUUUUUCUGGGAAGAAAGAGAUAUCAUGGCCUUUGCCAACAGCCCGUGGGUGGUUCAGCUAUUUUGUGCCUUUCAAGAUGACAAAUAUUUGUACAUGGUAAUGGAAUACAUGCCAGGUGGAGAUCUUGUAAACCUUAUGAGCAAUUAUGAUGUGCCUGAGAAAUGGGCCAAGUUCUACACAGCUGAAGUUGUUCUUGCUCUUGAUGCAAUUCACUCCAUGGGCUUGAUACACAGAGAUGUGAAGCCUGACAAUAUGCUUUUAGAUAAGUAUGGGCAUCUGAAGCUGGCAGAUUUUGGCACUUGCAUGAAAAUGGAUGAAACAGGAAUGGUGCGCUGCGACACAGCCGUGGGGACUCCUGACUACAUCUCGCCUGAAGUCCUGAAAUCGCAGGGGGGUGAUGGUUAUUAUGGACGGGAAUGUGACUGGUGGUCUGUAGGGGUUUUCCUUUUUGAGAUGUUAGUUGGUGAUACUCCUUUUUAUGCAGACUCACUAGUAGGAACAUAUAGUAAAAUUAUGGAUCAUAAGAACUCAUUGCAUUUCCCAGAUGAUGUGGAAAUCUCAAAGCAUGCAAAGAACCUUAUCUGUGCCUUUUUAACUGAUAGGGAUGUGCGACUUGGGAGAAAUGGGGUAGAAGAAAUAAAACAUCACCCUUUCUUCAGAAGUGAUCAGUGGAACUGGGACAACAUUCGAGAGACUGCUGCUCCUGUUGUUCCUGAGCUUAGCAGUGAUAUAGAUAGCAGUAAUUUUGAUGACAUUGAGGACGACAAGGGAGACGUGGAAACCUUUCCAAUCCCCAAAGCCUUUGUGGGAAACCAGCUGCCUUUCAUAGGAUUCACCUACUACAGAGACAAUUUGUUGCUAAGUGACUCCUCUCAGUCUUGUAGAGAGAACGAAUCUGUGCAAUCUAGUAAAAAUGAGAAAAUGCUAUCCAAAAACAUCUGCUCCAGUGGAAAGUCUCUGGCUACAGAGCACAGCAAAGGGCCGUUUCAGAAAAAAUUAAGCAAGCUAGAGGAACAGCUCAGUAAUGAAUUACAAGCCAAAGAUGAACUAGAACAGAAGUACAGGUCUACAAGUGUUCGUUUAGAGAAGAUAACGAAAGAGCUCGAAGAAGAGAUAACUUCAAGGAAGAAUGUAGAGUCUGCAGUCAGACAGUUAGAGAGAGAGAAAGCUCUUCUUCAGCAUAAGAAUACAGAAUACCAGAGGAAAGCAGAACAUGAAGCAGAUAAGAAACGCAAUUUGGAAAAUGAGGUUAACAGUUUGAAAGACCAACUUGAAGAUUUAAAAAAGAGGAAUCAAAACUCUCAAAUAUCCAAUGAAAAAAUCAAUCAACUACAAAGACAAUUGGAUGAAGCCAAUUCUUUGCUGCGGUCAGAGUCUGAUACUGCAGCCAGGUUAAGGAAGAACCAGACAGAAAGCACAAAGCAAAUCCAGCAGCUGGAAAUUAAUAACAGAGAGCUACAAGAUAAGAACUGCCUGCUAGAGAAUGCAAAACUCAAACUGGAGAAGGAGUAUCUCAAUCUUCAGUCAGCUCUAGAAUCAGAAAGGAGAGAUCGAAGUCAUGGAUCAGAGAUUAUCAGUGAUUUACAAGGUCGAAUAUCUAGCCUCGAAGAAGAAGUAAAAAAUGGAAAGAGCGCAUUAGCUAAACUGGAAAUGGAGAAGAGACAACUGCAGGAAAAGCUCACAGAUUUAGAAAAGGAAAAGAGCAACAUGGAAAUAGAUAUGACAUAUAAAUUCAAAGUUAUGCAGCAGAACCUUGAACAAGAAGAAGCUGAACAUAAAGCCACAAAAGCACGAUUAGCAGACAAAAAUAAAAUCUAUGAGUCUAUAGAGGAAGCAAAAUCUGAAGCCAUGAAAGAAAUGGAAAAGAAACUUUUGGAAGAGAGAGCUCUAAAGCAGAAAGUAGAAAAUCGGCUGUUGGAAGCUGAGAAGCAGCGCUCCAUGUUGGACUGUGAUCUCAAACAAUCGCAACAGAAAAUAAAUGAGCUCCUUCGGCAAAAGGAUAUACUGAGUGAAGAUGUAAAAAACUUGACAUUAAAAAUAGAGCAAGAAACACAAAAACGCUGUCUCACUCAAAAUGACCUCAAGAUGCAAACACAGCAGGUCAACACUUUGAAAAUGUCAGAGAAGCAGUUAAAACAGGAGAAUAACCACCUUCAGGAAAUCAAAUUAAGUCUGGAAAAACAAAACAAUGAACUCCGCAAGGAACGUCAAGAUGCAGAUGGACAAAUGAAAGAGCUUCAAGACCAGCUCGAAGCUGAACAAUAUUUUUCAACUCUCUAUAAGACACAAGUUCGAGAACUUAAAGAAGAAUGUGAGGAAAAGACCAAAAUUUGUAAAGAAAUGCAGCAAAAGAUACAAGAGUUACAGGAUGAGAGAGAUUCCUUGGCUGCUCAGCUAGAGAUCACUUUGACAAAAGCAGAUUCAGAACAACUUGCCCGUUCCAUUGCUGAGGAGCAGUACUCUGAUUUGGAAAAAGAGAAGAUUAUGAAAGAGUUGGAGAUUAAAGAGAUGAUGGCGAGGCAUAAACAGGAACUUACUGAGAAAGAUGCCACCAUAGCCUCGUUGGAGGAAGCAAAUAGGACACUAACUAGUGAUGUGGCUAAUCUUGCUAAUGAGAAAGAGGAGCUAAACAAUAAACUGAAGGAAGCACAAGAACAAAUUACAAAGCUGAAAGAAGAAGAAGCAAAUGUAGGAAAUAUUAAAGCACAAUUUGAGAAACAGCUGUUGAAUGAAAGAACAUUAAAAACCCAGGCUGUGAAUAAAUUGGCUGAAAUCAUGAAUCGCAAGGGUCCAGUCAAACGUGGAGCUGACACUGAUGUACGGCGGAAGGAAAAGGAAAAUAGGAAGCUGCAUAUGGAACUGAAGUCUGAACGAGAAAAGUUAACCCAGAUGAUGAUCAAAUAUCAGAAGGAAAUAAAUGAAAUGCAGGCACAAAUAGCAGAAGAGAGUCAGAUACGGAUUGAACUGCAGAUGACUCUGGACAGCAAAGACAGUGACAUUGAACAGCUUCGUUCCCAGCUGCAGUCACUGCACAUUGGGCUGGACAGCAGUAGCAUAGGCAGUGGACCUGGAGAAGCUGAGGCAGAUGAUGGAUUCCCUGUCCGUAUCACUCAGUCUCACACUAUGGAAUCCAUGUCCUUUACCUAUCAGCACUCUUCUACCUCUGUCAGUAUUGCCACUAAGCCUUCCAGUUCUCGCAUGCUUCUUGAUUCCGAUUCUGACUCAGAGGAAGAACCUUUGUCUUGUUCCCACAGCCCUACAGAAGUUGAUAGCGCAGAAUCAAGAUUGGAAGGCUGGCUAUCAAUGCCUGUUAGAAAUAACACAAAAAAAUUUGGAUGGGUUAAAAAGUAUGUAAUUGUAAGCAGCAAGAAGAUCCUGUUCUAUGACAGCGAACAAGAUAAAGAACAGUCUAAUCCCCAUAUGGUAUUGGAUAUAGACAAACUCUUCCAUGUCCGACCAGUCACUCAGACUGAUGUGUACAGAGCAGAUUCCAAGGAAAUUCCUAGGAUAUUCCAGAUCCUAUAUGCUAAUGAAGGAGAGAGCAAAAAGGAACAGGAAUUUCCUGUGGAGCCCAUGGGAGAGAAGUCAAAUUACAUUUGUCACAAAGGACAUGAGUUUAUACCUACUCUUUACCACUUUCCAACCAAUUGUGAAGCUUGUAUGAAGCCCUUGUGGCACAUGUUUAAACCUCCUCCUGCUCUGGAAUGUCGCCGCUGCCAUAUCAAAUGUCACAAAGAUCACAUGGAUAAAAAAGAAGAGAUUAUAGCGCCUUGCAAAGUGUACUAUGAUAUUUCUACUGCGAAGAAUCUGCUACUGUUAGCUAAUUCUACAGAAGAACAGCAAAAAUGGGUGAGCCGACUGGUGAAAAAAAUACCCAAGAAGCCUCCAGCACCAGACCCCUUUGCUCGAUCUUCUCCUAGAACUUCCAUGAAGGUACAGCCAAACCAGUCCAUCAGACGACCAAGUCGACAGCUUCCUCCAAACAAACCAAGAUUACUUGAUCUGGCAUUUAAGGAUUGGGAUUGGUCCUUUGAUGAUGUUGAUGAUAUUGAUGGUGAUGAUGAUGAUGAUGAUGACGAUGUUUUUGAUUUCUGAAGAAGUAUAAGGGCUAACUGCUUUCCGUGAAUGCAGACACAGUCAAGGUGAUAAUUUUCUUCCCAUUACAACAAGACUGAAACAUAUCCCAAAAUAUAUUAAAAAUAUAUAUUUUCCUGAGAGAUUGUGCUAUAUAUAUCAGAGGUUUACAUUUUUGCUGCAAUAUAAAUUACUAAUCUCUGAGGGUUUUUCUGUAUUCUCCCGAGUGACUGAUGAGUUGAGGAAUGGUUGGUAAAUAGUCAAAUGAUGUGUUAGGUAACCUUUUAAACUCUGUUCCACAAAAGUUUUCUUGGCAAGACACAUACACUACAUUUCAUGAAAGGAUCGAGAGGAAUGAGUAUUGAAAUGGAAGAAACUGACUUUUCAGCUUUCGUAAAGAUGCCACCAGCACGUCUGCAAGUGAACUGGAGGAAGAUCCACCAUAGUGAUAUAGACUGCAUCUGUAAGAAGUGACCAUUAUACUGUGUAUAUAUAUUGUACUGUAAUACUGCAAGAGGGUUUUAAAAAUCUUUCCACUUUAUUUUUUUAUGCUUAUUAAUCAGAUACCGUUACUUAUUGCAGUUGCAACUAUGCACUUGUAUAAAGCCAUAAUGUUGAAGUUUAUAUCAUUCAUACACAUCUAUCAGAAGCUGCAUGUCAGUGUUCAGCAGCUAGUAUAGGUUUGAAGUAUAUACUAGUUUCAGCUACGUCAUCAAGGGCAGUCCACUUUUACCUGUCUAAUUGCCUUAAUUUAAAUUUUUUCCAAGUUUCUUUUUUUUGCCCAUUCUUUCUAUUUAAGGAAAGUUUACCAGCUCUUAGGAUGCAGUUUUGCUUUGUGGCAGAAAAAAUAGUGCACUAUUUUUACACCUCGUAAGUAUAUCAGUGUCAACCUAUUUUGAAUGUAUAUUGACUGGUUCUAAGGGUGGAGAAGUGCUGGUUACAGGAACAAUGUCUGAGAGCAUGAGAUUUACCAGACCAUUUGCUUGUACAUGUAACUGCUCAUCCAGCCCUUUUUACAAACCUCAAUACUAGUUAUUGACUUAUAUUAACCCUCAUUAAGUGCUAUGAAACUUCAUUUUGCCUUGUUUUUGCAUACUCUCUUAGAUGUGUUUUUGAUUUUUUUUUAAUUUUAUUUCUGGAAAAUAAAAGAAUCUGUGACUAUUUUUACAUUUCACAACACAAUAUCCGAGGACUGUCACAAACUUUAAGAAAAGUAAAAUAUACUGUAGAUGUAUUUUAAAGUUUUAAUUGGGUUCUCUAGCACAUAUCUGUAGGCAUAGAUAAAUAUUUCAGUAGUGUGUUUUGAGAACUGAUAGCUGGGAAGAAAGGGCCUCAGAGGCACUUAAUCUGACCUUUUUUUUAACUUGGAGUUGUACAAAAAAUAUAAUUUAUGUGGGCUCAUUCAUGAUGUGUUCAUAAUUAUCCCAGAAAAUGCAUGUUUUAUACAACUACAGUAUGUGAUGUUAAACAUAUUGACAGUAAAAAAUGUAGUCUCCUAUUUGGUCUCUUUAUAUAUAUAUAAAUAUAUAUAUAUAUUUAGAAUAUAUAUAUAUAUAAAAUAUUGUGUGGGAGUGCAGUAAUUUAAAAUAUGAUCUAACACUUCAAUGAAGGAGGACAUUUCACUUUAAAAUUUUGUUUGUUUGUUUUUGUUUUUUAAAGAGUGUUGAAAUGUUUGGAAGGAUAGGACCAUGUUUUAUUUAACACUAUCAUGAAAGGUGGACUUGGAAACACUGAAAUACUGAAAAUUAAUAAAUAUAUUUACAUUUUGUAACCUCUGCUACAGUUCAGCUUAACAAAGCAAGAAUGUAUUCAGUCUUCUAUUUAUGCACUCACAAAGUAAAAUGUUGUUUGUGAGUUCUUAAAUUCAAAACUAAAACUUUCAUAUAAUUUCUCUUAGGUAUUAUAACCCAGAGCACAGCUACAGUGGUUUUUCCUUGCUUGUUUUGAUUUACAGAAGUACGGUAUAUUUUUAGAUAAUGCAGAUUUGCAUAGAGUACAACAUUAAAAAUGUAUACAGUAAAACUGUUUCCAUUCACUGAAUGCAUAAAUAUUUUAUAUAUAUAUAAAAAAAAAUGUUACAUUGCGGGAAGUUCUAUCCUUUUCUGAAUUGGAGAAUAUUAUAUAUAUAUAUAUAUAUAUUUUUAAAUAAACUAUUUGAGUAAGGUAAAAUAGUUCCUGAACUUGAGAAGCUGGUUUUAAAUGGAAAUAUUUAAAUAAAAAGAUAACUACUGCAGCAGAUAUGGGAAAGGCAAGGGCUGCUCCAAAGGCAGCCCAGCAAAGCCUGUGUGCAGAGGAAGCGCAGACUCCAAGGGAGCCGUUUUGCAGCUCCUCCACUGCUGGGGCUGGAUCCUUUGCACUUUCUCUCCCUGGCUUGCCCUCAUUUUCUGUGAAUCCACAGGGCCCUGCUAAGCCUGACAUUUUAGGAAAUGUACUAUGUUAGAGUAUUUGCUAGCCACAGUUUAUAAAUUCCGUGCUUGUACAAAUGGUCAUUAGCUGUACAUACAGCAGGCUGUACUGAGAUGGUGUCGUGGAGCAACACGGGCUGAGGGGGAGCACAGGGGGUCCUGUGCUCUGCCCUCUGCCUCAGAGCAGAGCAAACUUAGCACAGGUGCCUCAAGGCCAGUGGUCUGAGGUGCACAAACCUCACUUUAUACCCAGGACACAAAAGGCAAAACUGCUGUUCUCUUCUUCUCCCUUAUCCAGCUGUGAAAUGCAAACACCUCUUUAAUGUUAGUUCCUGGAGAUUGUGUUGUUUCCUUAUUGUCUAGUGGUGACCUUUUAACACUUUUUGUACAGGCUUGUCCUAAGCAAACAGGACAUUUUUAUGGCCUGAACGACUUACCUAUAGAAAAUUCUCUUAUUGCAAGUCCUUUUGUCUUACCAAGAGUAAACAAAUGGCAUAGCCAGCAGAUUAAUCUGGAAAAACCAGGGGACAAACUUGGAGCCAGAAGCUCAAGGCAACUUCCUCAUAAGUUUCAAAUCCAAGAGCUCACCUGAACAGGAAAGGCAGACCCCAUUGGAAUUAUCUUGUCAGGUGCCAGACCUUUCUGCACCUUUCUGCAGUGAGACAUCCACUUCUGUCCUAGCUGUGUGCUGCAAUUCCCGAGGGACCUCUUGUGGUCCCUGCGGAAGUGCAGCCCCUCCCAGCACUGCCAGCAAUCCAGCACCACGUCUGCUUUUAACUAGAGGAAAGCUAUGGUGGUUCUUGUGCUUCUGAGCACAGCCGAUGCUGUAACCAAACACAUGACAUAGACUCACAGCAUGAUGUAGGACUUGGAAACAUGCAGGAGGCUCAAGGAUCUUAUUAGUGACAGGGGCUAAAUUUAAAAAAACACUGAAAUUUCACUGCAAGUGUCUAAAUCUCUUAGUGCCUCUUGAAAACACUGAACCUCCUAAAUUUUGCCAGGCAUUCAGUGGCUCUCUGAAGGCAUCAAGGCCACGGAAGCUGCCAUUGAAAUUAAGUGCUUUUUCUCUUUAGUUUCUUUUUGGUUUCUAAUGGUCAUUAGGAAUUUGAGCAUUUCUGUUUGUAAUCUUACAAUGUAUUAUUUUCCCAUCUAGCUUUGAGAAAUUCAUCCUUGGAAGAGGUCUAUAUGUUUUGGUCCCAAGUGCCUUUACCCAUCCUGUGCUUGUGAGGUUAUAUUUGGGAUGCUGCUGUGAAAAGGGAGAACUUACAUGAAAGCAAACUUCUUACCUGCAUUGCUCUUACAAACCCUUAAUCACCUCCUUACUCUGUUUUUGAGGCAGAAGAACAAACUGUACAAGGUCCAGUUCAGUGGAGUAUUUCAGUCUCUUCCACAUUCCUGGAUAGUUUGCUUUGACAUUCAUGUUAAAAUAAUGAUUAAUUUAUUUUUUCAUGUAAUAGAAUAUAUCAAGUUGGAAGGUACUUUUAAGGAUCAAGUCCAACUGUCUGCUCCUCACAGAACUACCUAAAACUAAACCAUAUGACUGAAAGUGUGAUCUUGACACUCCUUGACCUCUGACAGGCUUGGUGCUUUUUUCAGUGCAUUACAGUUUUUUACAAAUUAUUAUCUCUGCACAUAAUAUACUUUACAUUGAAAACAUUAUUUCUUAUUUUUUAAGAUUAUCUUCUGAAUCAUUUAAGGUUCUAUCAGAAUCCCAAGGAUCAUAGGGUUUGCCUGCUGCUUUGAAGUACCCCUCAUGAGGGUGGGGAGGAGUCUUCUUUUCAAUCUCAAUAAAGAAUGUUGAUGGAGUGGUUCUGAAACUACAAUUUGUGUUCCAUGUUGUAGUUGCCUAAAAAGUGGACAGGUGUAUGUACAUACUCAGACAUUCUCAUCUGAAAAAUUAGACAAGUCUACUGAAAUGUGUGUGGCAGAGAACACUCAAAAUACAUCCAGCCCAGUUCUCCCCAGAAACUACUGCAAUGAAUGGAAAAGCUGUAACUGUAGAAACAUAGCUCCACAAAGUGGGGAUGUAGAGAAAAUAAUUAUUCUAAUUACCAGUUCUUAUAAAUGAAAAUUUGUGUUCAGAAUAUUUGCCACUUUGUAGGCAGGAGGCAGUGUUUUAUGAAGGUAAGGAAGCCACUCUUCUACUUGGUAUUGCAAAGGUGAAGCAUUUGACUGCAGCUGCUUUUGCUCCAAUGAUCUUGUAGAAGCUGCAAGAUUAAAGUGAUCUUUCAAGAUGAAAGUCAUGAUGAAAGGUCACAAAAUUUCAGUUAUAAGUGUACGUAGUCCUGAUCUCUUAAAAGAACUCUGGAAAGACACAUCAUCACCCUGAAAAGAAAGGGCAGAGUCCAGUAAUGUCAUGUCCCUGCAACCUUUAGUUGUUGGAGGAGCUGCACAGAAAUGCUUUCACAGCCAAGACAACUGCAUGGAAUGCUUCGGUCCUACCACCCUAUUUUAAGGUCUAGGCUUUCAGUGUUUGUUCAGAGAUGUGGGCCUCAUGUCAUGUAGUUCUGGGAAUUUGGCAUUGCUGUUUGGGGUGUUUUUUGCCCAGGACGCUCUUGCACCACUUAGUAAGCAUGGCUAUCCAGGGAGAAGUACACCAGGCUUGUGAGAUCAUGGCCAGUCCUCUUUUCCUUUGGAUCGCCAACUGCUUAGACUUUGGCCACUGAAUUGCCUUCAAUAUGUGUGACUUUUUAUUAAUAAGUGAACUGGUAGAAACUUUUUUUGGAGUUACCUGAAAUACGAAAUCCCUUAAUCUUUGUAAGACUGAAGGAGCUGGGUACCCCACCAUCUGAGCCCUGUUUUAUAUUAGCUCACUUUGCGCUGUCUCUGACCUCAACUGUUCCAUUUCCCAGUGGGCUCUUGGAGCAGGUCUUGCAGCUGGGUGCAGGUCAGGCUGCAACUUCAGGACUUGAAUCUGCUUGCUGGAUUCCAUGGUCUCAUGUGUCUGUGUGAUGUUUUCCAGCAUAUUACAAUCCCUGUGUCCUGGGGACCACUGAGAUUCAGUAGGACCUGUGUAGCCUUUAGUCCAAUCAGGAGCCAUGGCGGGGAGGCUCCCCUGCCUGCUCUGAGCUACAGCAAGGCAAAUUGUAUUGCUGGAAGGUGGGCAUUUGUGCUAACUUAAACUAGCAAUGCUGAGAGAGGAAAAUACCUUUGAGCUCAGAGAGUCCAUGAGUUGUUCUGACAGUGCAUUUCAUGGAAAAAUAAAUUAAAAUCUCACAAAUCAGACUCUUGAAAGUCAGACUACUCUGUAUACAUAAUCUGUAUAUAGUCAGCUGUUUGAAGGUGAAAUAAUUUCUCACCAGUAAUUAUUUAAAAUAUGCUUUACAGAAACUCAGUGCUUCGUUAAAGAGUCGUGAUUUACAUAACAGAGGCAACACUGAGGCAUAGGAUGUGUGUUCUUCCAUUUAUGAUUUUCAUAUAGUAUGAAUCUUGGUACUGCUGGCCAAAGCCUGCACAUUCCAAAGCAGAAAUCUUGUACAUUCCAGAGCAGGUGUGUGCACAAAUAACUUGUAAUUAUCAUAAAGUGGUAAAUAGAAUUGAUUUUCAGCAUAGAGCCAUGUUACUACUCAGUUUGAAUCAGAAUCAUCAUUAGCCAAUUUAACUUGUCACAUUUUAGGCUGGUGCAGGUUCUGUCCUUUACAUCAUUUUCCAGAAUACUUGACAGAUAAAACAAAGUGUCUGGCCUCUUAAAGCUCCCUCCAUGUGAGUCAGCGAUACCAUAUAAUGCACUGAAGUACCUGUUUAGGCUUCUGACAAUUUAAGACAGUGCUAAGAUGAAAUAAGGAAACAAAACAGGGUGUGAACAAAAUUGUGACAAUUACUUAAACUGUCCUUCAGGUAUCCCAAAUUAAAUUUCAUCAAAACUAUGAUGUAAAAAGUCUCUUAUUUUACCCCGGCCCAAAGAUUGGAUUUUUUUCCAAGACAGAGAUGUUUGCCCCAAACUACUGCCAAUGUAAAAUGGAAUAGCUGACACCUUUAAAUUUAAAAUGUCUGUAUAUCUGUCUUGCCAUUAGGCAGGAAACACCUGAGGUCCAUUGGGACUCAGGUCUGCGGGGCUGGCAAGGUCUUGCAAUUGGAUCCAUCACAAGUGAUGAUCUAUCAGAUUCCUACAGUGAUGAUCACUGUAGCUCCCAGGCAUCUGUUUGACUUCAACAGCUGUCAUCAUGGAGAACUCUGAAGUGUCCUGGAGAACACUGGCUCAAAAUUAAGCAGUUAAAUUCAGUACAAACCAAGAAUUUUAUAACAUCCUAUUUUAAGAUUUUUUUCAUCUUCUUCACCUUGAAAAAAUGAGACAUCCUUGAACCAUUAUUAGUGAUGAAGGUGACAUUUGAUGUUCCGCUUCAUACAUAAAUAUGAAUUUCAAGUAUGGAAGAAUUUGGAAGAGAGUGAAAAAAACAGCCUGAAGAGAAUUUGUAGGGAAGUCAUUAUUCAUCAUCAGGAAAAAUGCAUGACUGGGAAACUACCUCAUUUUAGUUAUCUCCACAUCUGUGGAGCUUUUAAUUUAUAAUAGUUCCUUGAGUGAACUCAGCUGUUACUUCCUUUUUUUUUUUAUUUUCCCCCUAUUACAUAUGUGACUAAAUGGAUAAUGAUUGGUGGAGGAAGAGUAAUUUUACCUCAUUUAAAGAAGUGAGUGAAGGUGUUCUAUAAAACUGGGGCCAUUCAGCUAAUCCUGAAUUACUUUCUCCAGGGUCAAACUGUACUAAAAUCCAGCUCUAGAUCUGGAGCGGUUGGGGGGUGUCGCUGCCUCCCCACCCCACUCCUUUCUCUCCUGUUGCAGUAGAUCAGAGCAGAGCUAGCAUCCACAGCAGCCAUGUGCACAGUGUAAGGCUGACAGAGGCUCAGGAGUCAGGCAGGGACAGGGACUCCUGAGUAGUCCAAGCAAUAGCAUCCCUUGCUGGAUUGGAGCAGCAUGAGGAAAGACAUCUGAGUCCACUUUGCACAGAAAGCCCAGUGUUAGGGAGACCCAUAGCGUGGGGAGAGGAUGGUUUUGCAUUUGUGAUCAAUAUUCUGUUCACUGAGGACAGGCCAGAAAAAAUAAACUAUACACAUCUUCCAGUGUCCACAUCUUCACUGUCCUGCAGCCUGCUGUCUCUGGACUCACAUCCUCAUUCUUUCAAUAGUAAAUCUCAUGGUAAAUGUUUUUUUCUCUCAUAUAGCUGUAGUGAGCUUCUAGCUUACCUGUUGCCAAAUCCAGUCACAGUUCAUCAUAUCCACUGCUGGAGGUGUAUUUGGGGUUAUUCAGUGGACUCUACUCGAAUUCAGAUCUUGUCUUUUCACAGACAAGGACACUCACAGUUUUUGAAAGCCCCAACAAGACCCACACUUUGUCAGCCAGACUGCGUUACCUUGUAGAGCAUGUUGUGAACUGGUACAAUUAGACACCGAGUGUCUAAUUCCACACUUGUACAGCAUCUGUGAAUGGAGUUGGAUUACCUCCAGCCCUGUGGGUAAGAGCUGCUUAUUUGCUUAUACCUUCUGCCAUAAAUCCAAGAUGCUUUCCCCUCUUGCUUUUGCCCCGCUGCUGCAUUACACAUCAAACAAGCUCCUUGUGUCCACCCUGGUACUGGUGAAUGAUGAGUUUAACAAGGUUUAUCCUGUCUAUGUAUUUGUCUAAAGCUGUUGCCUUUAAUCCAGCCACUGAGAAGAUUAUUCUUUACCUCCUGAAAAACACAGGGUCUGCACUUUUGUGGGGCUUGCCUGGAACUUGAAUGUGCCUCUGUUUAUGAAAGUGAAAGAAGUUACUGAGAAGGGGAAAAGUGUUUAAAAUUAUUUACUGCUACUUUAUGAUUUGUUCCAUAUCUCUUGCAGUUUGAAUGAGAACUCAUGGUCCAGCUUUCCAAGUCCACAAAAUUACUUUACCUUAAGUUCAUUAAGUACCCAGCUUUGUUUGUUUUCCUCGGUCUUUUUUUCCCACAGGUUUCUAAGGUGAUUUAUUCAAAAUGCAUUAAGUAACCUAUUAAGAACUGUUCCUAAAUGCAUUUUCUGUAUUUUAUGAUAAAAAAACAACUUGAGGUGCUGAUUCUCAAACCAAAAAUGGAGCAGCUUCGUUUUGCUACAGCAUCCCUCAGGAAAAUGAAAUAUGUCAAUAACAGAGAGGGUUUGGAUUCCACACAAAUCCUUCUCUAUCAAGAAAAGGCUUUAAUUAAAAAGCAGGUGUGUUUUUUUCAUUUUAAGAUGCUGGAGCUUGUUAGCAUUUGGCAGGUCAAUAUUCAGCCUGAUGCUUCAAAUGUUAAGGUGAAAGCUGCCCAUUUAUGACUUGUAAUGAAUAUUUCAUUUUCUCUUCAUAUAUGGCAACAAUAAAAACUCAAAUGCAAUGAAAAUUAACUGUAAGAAUGACACUAUCAAUUUUUAAGAAUAGCAUUUAUUAAUAUCACCUGAAAAUGUAACAUAUGACACUUGCCACCAUUUACACCACUUCAGAUACUUUACACAGCUUUAAUAAAAUCAGAAUGUUUACAAUUAAUCUUUUAACCAACACAGAAGGAUUGAUGUAUUUUAUUGGAGCAGUAAAAAAAAAAGCUUAUCUUUGACUUGCUCUCAAUAAUGUGGGAUACAUGAAAGCAAUGACCACAGACACGUCUCUUCCCAGCCCUUCCCACUAAAAUUCAGAGUAUGAAGCAGCUGUUUUCUGAUGGAGAAGGCCCUGCUCCAACUGCUGCGUGCACACUGGAAGAACCAUCUGCUUUUGCAGAUCCCUUUGCUCCACAGCAGUCACACAAUUUAGAAUGUUCUGAAGAAAACCUGCCUCAAAUGUAGUCAAUGCAGUCUUCCCAUAUUUUUCAAGGGUGUUGGGAUCAAGGGUGCCUUGGUUUUUUACAUGGAAUCAACAGAAUACUGUAAGAACUCUUUUGAAAUGUAUCUUUUAAUUUUGGGGAAUGUAAUGAGAAAUGAAGGCAAGCGAUAUGAAUACUAAUGUAACUUUUGGUUGUGAAGGCAGUACUUCCAAAAUCCCCUGUUGUCAAGAAUAUCCUUUCCCCCUUUUUACUCAAGUACAACAAAUUGAUUAGAAUUUCUGAAGUAAAAGUUUAAGUCUGUGUUCUUCAACACACUUAGCACUGACAGGCCAAAACCUCAUGAACCACAGAGCAGUAUCACCAAAACCUGACAAGAUGGGAGAUCAGUCUGCUGAGAUGCAUGAAGGUGCACAUCACUGUCAGUAAGGAUGGUGUUUGGGAAUUCUGGAUAUGGUUCCAGGAACUUCUGCUUGAACAGCAUUUUUAACUGUUGGUUACAGUUUCAUUAAUUCCCAUACAUUCUAGUCCCUACUGUUCCCAAAACAGUAUGUUCAGUGAAUGUGAGCUCAGGUUGAAAAAGAAUUCAUAGUUGAGUUUUUGCUCUUAGCCGAUAUAUACUGGGUAUACUGAGGAAAGUGACUGUGGGUAUCCUGUAUCAGCUGUAUAAAUUGUACUAUUUAAGUGUUGCAUGUAAGUGCUACAAUCCCAACUGGAUUUGUGACAUAGUAAAAGACAUUUAGAAUCUUGUUCUGGAUUGGGCCUUGACUCAGAUUUUCUUCAUCCUAAAAUACAGACAGUUAAUGCUGAACUAACUUGAGUUGCUUGCAAGAAGAAGACAAACAUCUGUUGUGGUUUUUCAGUCUUGCAGCAGAAGGACGAGUCAGUAUGUUGGUGCAAAAUUGAUCAUGUAUAUGAAGAAAAUUGCUUAUAUGUAACCAGAAAGUAAUGAAGUGAAACCAGAGUAUAUAUACAUCUAAUUAUGAAAUACCUUGUAGUAAAAAGAAUCCAGAGAAAAUGUGGUAUCAGUGAAACUUGUCUGAAAUGACCAAUAAAAAUAUGCUGCUUAAAUUAAA